CGAUGUCGUGGAUGGUAACUUUGUAGCAGCAAGCCCAGCGUUGUUCGCCAGACUUUGUGCUUUCGAGGCUCAAGAGAAAGGGCUGAGUUUUCCCGGCUCGUGGGGCUCCCGCUGCUUCUCCGGCCAAUUGCAGAUCUGCCUGUCGCCCUCCGGCCCCUCUGGAGAUUGAGGCAGCAGUUCGAGGCUGAUCAUGUCCCGGAAUUACUCUGAUACAAGUAACAGAAAAGAACAUGUCAAAAUUACAGCUGAGCAGCAGCCAGGCUUCUUGGAGCGUCUCAGUGAAACCUCAGGAGGCAUGUUUGUUGGAUUGAUGACAUUUUUACUUUCCUUCUAUCUGAUCUUUACUAAUGAGGGCCGGGCCUUGAGGACGGCAACAUCUCUUGCUGAGGGGCUCUCACUUGUGGUUCCCCUUACCACCAUCCACAGCGUGGCCCCAGAGAAUGAGGGGAGACUCGUGCACUUGAUAGGCUCCCUCCGGACCUCCAAGCUCUUGUCUGAUCCCAACUAUGGGGUCUUCAUCCCUGCAGUGAAAUUGAAGCGGCAAGUGGAGAUGUACCAGUGGGUGGAGUCAGAAGAGUCCAGGGAGUACACAGAAGAUGGCCAAGUGAAGACAGAGAGGAAAUACUCCUAUAAUACUGAGUGGAAAUCGGAAAUUGUGAACAGCAGGAACUUUGACCGAGAGAUUGGGCAUAAAAAUCCCAGUGCAAUGGCCGUGGAAUCCUUCACAGCUGUCGCGCCUUUUGUUCAGAUUGGCAGGUUCUUCCUUUCUGCAGGUCUUAUUGACAAAAUUGACAACUUCAAACCACUGAGCCUGGCCCACAUGGAGGACCCCCACGUGGACAUCCUCCGACGAGGAGAUUAUUUCUAUCACAGCGAGAACCCCAAGUAUCCAGAGGUUGGAGACGUACGGGUUGCCUUUUCCUAUGCAGGCCUGAGUGGUGAUGACCCCAACCUGGGCCCAGCUCACGUGGUCACUGUGAUUGCUCGCCAGCGUGGAGACCAGUUGGUCCCGUACACCACCAAGUCUGGGGAUACCCUGCUUCUUCUGCACCAUGGAGAUUUCACUGCGGAGGAGGUGUUCCAGAGAGAACAUCAAAGCAACACAAUGAAAACAUGGGGCUUUCGAGGUGCCGGCUGGAUGGCCAUGUUUGUAGGCAUCAAUCUGAUGACCCGGAUUGUCUAUACCUUAGUGGACUGGUUUCCGCUUUUCAGAGACCUGGUCAACAUCGGCCUGAAAGCUUUUGCCUUUUGCGUUGCUACGUCCCUGACCCUGCUGACAAUUUCUGCUGGCUGGCUCUUUUACCGUCCCCUCUGGGCACUGGCCAUUGGCUUGCUGGCCAUAGUUCCUAUCCUUAUUGCUCGAACCCGGGCACCAGCAAAAAAGCAGGAGUGAAGAACACACUGGGCUCUGGACUGUCUGCUUUCACCUCAGAAUGUCAGAGGAGAGUUUGGAGACUCAUUGCCUCCCUCACAAUUGAAGCUAUCAGCACAUCCUCAUACCUGUUAAGUCACCAGC